CAGCAGUCACUCAGUCGCACUCUACACCUCCUUCAGUCAGGAUUCACCUUUCACCAGUUCAAGGGAGUAUUUGAUUGUAUCUCAUGGAGGGCAGGAUCACCUGUGGACUGCGGCUGGUCGUCUUUCUCUUGGGAUGUGGGCAGCUGUCGGCUUUCAACCUGGACAUCGACAAUGUCCAGCGGAAGAACGGAGACCCAGGCAGCCUGUUCGGUUUCUCUCUCGCCAUGCACCGGCAGCUUGUUCCAACGGAUAAAAGAAUGCUGCUGGUCGGUGCCCCGAGAGCAAAAGCCUUGAGUGGUCAAAAAGCUAAAGUGACAGGAGGACUGUACAGCUGUGACAUGAGCUCCACCUCAGCUGGUUGCCCCAGAAUUAACUUUGAUAAUAGCGAGGACACAACCAAAGAAAGCAAAGAGAACCAGUGGAUGGGAGUGUCAGUCAACAGUCAGGGGCCAGGAGGCACGGUUGUGACCUGUGCCCAUCGCUACCAGCGCCGGACCAAUGUGAACACACCCAUCGAAUCCCGUGACAUCAUCGGCCGCUGCUAUGUGCUGAAUCCAGACUUGACUAUUGAUCCCAUAACAAGUGAUAACUGGCAUUUCUGUGAGAGCCGGCCCAGAGGCCAUGAGAUGUUUGGCUCCUGCCAGCAGGGCCUGUCUGCCACAUUCGACAAGGACUACCACUACCUCAUCUUUGGGGCUCCUGGAGCGUACAACUGGAAAGGUGUGGUACGCUUGGAACAAAGGAACGACACCUUGUUAGAGUUGGGCAUCUAUGACGACGGUCCUUAUGAGGUGGGAGAUGAGAACGAAAAGAACCCUGACCUGGUCCCUGCUCCUGCCAACAGCUACCUGGGCUUCUCUCUGGACUCGGGGAAGAAUCUGACCAAGAAGGGCCAGCUGACGGUGGUAGCGGGAGCUCCCAGAGCGAACCACAGCGGAGCGGUGGUGCUGCUGAAGAAAGGCAGGGAAACAAGCAACAUCUUGCUAGAGGAGUACACCCUAGAAGGAGAAGGGCUGGCCUCGUCUUUUGGCUACGAUCUGGCUGUGCUGGAUCUCAAUAGGGACGGUUGGCAGGACAUAGUGGUGGGAGCCCCUCAGUACUUUGAGAAGGACGGAAAUAUUGGAGGAGCCGUCUACGUCUACGUCAACAAAGCCGGAAAGUGGAACAAUGUCACACCCACCAGAAUAGACGGAUCUAAAGACUCCAUGUUUGGCCUGGCUGUGGAAAACCUGGGAGACAUCAACCAGGAUGGUUACGAUGAUUUUGCAGUGGGAGCUCCUUAUGAGAACAAUGGUAUAGGGAAUGUGUACAUCUACCACGGAUCAGCCACGGGUCUCAGCUCUAAAGAAGCUGCACAGAUUCUGUUCGGCCAGUCUUUAAGAGUCAGUCUGUUUGGCUACUCCUUGGCAGGCAACAUGGACCUUGAUAAGAACUUCUACCCUGACCUGGCUGUCGGAUCCCUCUCUGACUCUGUGUUUGUCUACAGAGCCCGUCCAGUUGUUAACAUCAAGAAGGAAAUCAAGUUCUCACCAAACGAAAUCGACCUAACCAAGAAGAACUGUGGCAAUAGCUUCUGCUUGGAGGUUGAGGCAUGCUUCACCUACACUGCCAGCCACAAGAGCUAUGCUCCCAGACUGACGGUGGCAUUCUCCAUGGAGGCCGACGCUGACAAAAGGAAGAACGGUCAUAUGCCCAGGGCAACCUUCUUGGAGGCCUCUGAUCAUAGCUACGAGUCCAAUGGGGUCAUCACCAUAGAAAGCAAAGAAAAGAAACAGUGCGUUAAACGUCGGCUCGCUAUAAAGGACAACAUUCGAGACAAGCUGCGUGGGAUCCCCAUCGAUGUGUCUGUGGACAUCCAGGAUGCCAAACGUAAACGCAGACAGAGCUCAACUCCUCAGCUGAAGCCUGUCCUGGACGCCAGAGAGCCAAUGAUCACUCGAUCAGAGGUGCAUUUCCUGAAGGACGGUUGUGGCAGCGACAAUGUUUGUCAGAGCAACUUGCAAGUGACAUAUCGCUACGGCCACAAAACAACUGACAUAAACACGUUCACUCCGUUAGAAAUGGAGGACAACGUGCCAGUGAUCUCGCUCAGCGACCACAAGGACAUCGCCUUGGAGGUCAAAGUGACCAAUCUAAAUGGAGAUGAUGCAUAUGAAGCCUUUGUGCUCGCCUCCUUCCCACAGUCCCUUUCUUACUCCACUUACCUCGCUCCAACUGAGCACACGGUGACGUGUACAGCCAAUAAAGACGGUUCUCAGGCUGAUUGUGAGCUUGACAACCCCUUUAAACGUGACACAGAGACGACCUUCUACAUUAUUCUGAGUACAUCAGGCAUCUCUCUCAGCACUACUGAACUGGAGAUUGAUCUUCAGCUAAAAACGACAAGUAACCAGCAGAUAAAAGGCCCUAUCAAAGCAAAGGCAAAAGUGACCAUCAAGUUGCAGCUGUCUAUAUCAGGACAAGCCCAGCCAUCUCAGGUCUACUUUACAGGAAAAGUCAAAGGUGAGGCGGCCAUGAAGACUGAAAGUGAAAUUGGCAGUGCCAUCACACACCAGUUCAGAAUAAUCAAUCUGGGAAAGCGCUUGACAAACUUUGGCAAUGCCACCCUUGAGAUCGAAUGGCCAAAGGAGACAGAGAAGGGGAAGUGGCUGCUCUACCUGAUGGAGAUCAGCUCCACCGGAGUGGAGCAAAUAGAGUGCUCUCCUAAAGGGGAGAUCAACCCUCUUAACAAAGAACGAAGUAACACCAGGAUGAGAAGAGCAGCAGAAAACACCCAGGGAGGUGUCGAGGGCACUAUGUCACGUUUAUUUGACGAGAAGACAUCUAAAAUUCUGUCCUGUGGCAAUGGGGCAAAUUGUGUGCACAUAAUGUGCCCCCUGCGGGGCCUGGACAGUAAUGCAGUCAUCACUCUCAACUCCCGCCUCUGGAACAGCACCUUCAUAGAGGAUUAUUCGGAGCGCCGUCAUGUGGAGGUAAUAGUGAAAGCCAUUCUGCAUGUUGAUAGCACAACAAAGAACACAGUGCUGCAAAAUGCUGACACACAGGUGAGACUGACAGUGUUCCCAGAGAGGCGUGAAGCCCAGUUUGGAGGAGUGCCAUGGUGGAUCAUCGUGCUGUCCAUCCUGUUCGGGCUGCUGUUGUUGGCCCUGUUGGUGUUCCUUCUCUGGAAGUGUGGCUUUUUUAAGCGUGCCAAAUAUGAAGACAAGGUUCCCAGUUACAAUGCUGUUCGGAUCAAAUGGGAGGAGAGAGGAAUAAACCCUGAGAAUGGUAAAUGGGAAAACCUGGAAAAGAAGCCCUGGAUGACAACCUGGCAUGACAAGGAACAUUAUUCUUAACAGCCAAUGAGAUCUGACUCCACACAGAUUCCUGUCGCUUACUGAUGACUCCCAAUUUCACUCAUUUUCUUUCUUGCCUUGUCUUUGCACAGUGUGGACUGUAAAUAAAUAAAAAUAACUUAAAAGGAAAAAAAAAAGACUAAAUAUUGAUCAAACAUUCUGCUUCAGGGGCUGAAUUGAUCUUGGAUCAAGUCUGAAUGAAUCACUGGAAGGAGAGUUGCAUUGUGGGAGAUGGUCCUGCACAACUACUUUCUAGCAGAGCUUUGGACUUUUAUACAUUUACUACAUGCACAGUGCUGACUGGGGGCGGCUGGGACUGUUUCUAGGUUUUGUUUUUGUACAUGUUUUGCAUAAUUGUUCAUAUUUAUUGUUCGUGAGGAGUAUUUUGUUACAUGCCGAAGAGUCAUGCAAUGCAUACACAGGUGACUUUAAAAUUGAAUAAAAACCCUAAAGUGUU